AGUUCCGGUGUAAACACGUGUGUACUGUGCAAAAUGUAAACAAGUGUUUCUAUUCAAGAUUUACAAAAAUGAAAAUGAAAACCGUCGCAUUGAUCAGUGGCGGCAAGGACAGUUGCUAUAACAUGAUCCAGUGUGUAGCAGAGGGACACGAGAUAGUAGCACUAGCAAACCUCAUGCCAGCUGAUAAGGAUGAGAUGGACAGCUACAUGUAUCAGACUGUGGGCCACCAUGCUGUAGAUCUGUAUGCUGAAGCCAUGGGCCUGCCUCUGUUUCGACACAUUAUCCAGGGGGUGGCCAAGGAGACCGGGAGUGACUAUGUCCCCACCCCUCAAGAUGAGGUUGAGGACCUGUUUAUAUUACUACAGAAAGUUCAGAAAGAGAUUGAAGUUGAGGCUGUAUCAGUGGGUGCAAUAUUGUCAAACUACCAGAGAGUUCGUGUGGAGAAUGUAUGUCAGAGACUGGGUCUUACAUCAUUGUCAUAUCUAUGGCGACGGGACCAAGCAGAGCUCCUCAGUGAGAUGAUUGGGUGUGGAGUAACAGCUGUCCUUAUCAAAGUUGCAUCUCUGGGUUUGGAUCCCCAGAAACACUUAGGAAAAACUUUAGCAGAGAUGCAGCCUGAAUUACUUAGAAUGCACACCAAGUUUAAGCUGAAUGUUUGUGGUGAGGGAGGGGAGUAUGAAACCUUCACGCUGGACUGUCCACUGUUUAAAAAGAGGAUUGUGUUGGACAACCCAGAAAUGGUGAUCCACUCUGACGAUGCAUUUUCACCUGUGGGGUAUCUGAAUCUGAGGACAGCACACCUGGAGGACAAACAGACAGAUGUUGAAAUGAGCCAGCAUCAGAGGGUGCAAGGUUUGGAAAUGAGGAGAAGUAGGGAUGUGUACCAUGACCUGCUUCGUGACGGGGAGGUUGACAUGUGUGGGGAUGUGUCGGGUGACAUGGACGAAGGGCUCAACACUCACGUCAGUAAUAACGACAUCUUACCUGAUGAGUUUAAAAUGUGUAUUAAAACUGCUGGUGAAAAUCUAUGGGUGACAGGUGUGGUUGCUAGGGACAACACAGACAUACAGGAGGCCACCAAGGCAGCAAUGGACCAGGUCAAAGCUGCGGUGUCCGGUGUGGGUAAGGACUGGGACAUGUCUAAAAUGGCCUUGGUCUGUCUGUAUGUACAGAGAAUGGAGGACUUCGCCAGAGUCAACUCAAUCUACAAAACUUACUUUCGGCUAAACCCACCUGUCAGAGUUUGUGUUCAAGCAUCACUUCCACAGAACAUCGCCUUACUCCUGGACUGUUAUGGUAGUAAGGCAGCAAACCGAGAUACCAUGCAUGUUCAGGGGAUAUCUCACUGGGCGCCGGCAAACAUAGGACCCUAUAGUCAGGCUGUCACUGUAGACAGCAGGAUCUUCAUAGCAGGUCAAAUUGCCAUGGUGCCAGGCUCAUUGAAAAUGAUACAGGGAGGCAUUGCCAUUGAAAGUCGCUUGUCUUUGCGCCAUGUUGGACGUGUCCUGGGUGCCCAGUUUCCUGGCUGUGACCUGAGGCAUGUGGUGACUGUUGUCUGUUACAUCACCUCACAUCGCUACAUAGAUACCGCCAGGCGGGAGUGGAUCAGAGCUCGACAGUCUUGUUAUGAGAGUAAUGACACUGUUGACUGUGAAGAUGUUGUAUGCAGUCCCUCCGUAAUGUGUGUUGUCAUACCCUACUUACCACGUGAUGCCAAGGUGGAGUGGCAGGUCACUGCCUUCACACCGGGGUUAGAGGUCAAAGACACUAGUGAGAACUGUGUAUGUGGGGACUACACCAGCACCACUAGACGUGUCACUUCCUGUGGGGAUAUCCCAGGGUCCUCCUGUACAGGAUACACAGACACCAAAUCCCUGUCACUGCCAGUGAACAUGGAGGCUGCUGUGAGAUGUAUGUGUAAGUGCUACAGAGCCGUUACAUCAUCUCAGUCCCCCUCAGAUGGGUGUGUGCCACCACUGAGAAUAUUCUACAGGUCGUCACAGUUCAGCUAUGCCAAACUUUGUCAGGCAUUCACUACUGUUUUACAAGAAGGAGAGCCAGUGAACUUUGCCCUAGUACCAGUGUCUGAUCUUCCUUCCAGUCACUCAGUGUUUAGUUACUGUCAAUGAUUGUUCUUAAAGAAAUUUACUGUUAUUUCUAAAUGAAAUUAAAUGUUGAAAAUAAGUGAAAAGAGAUGAACAAAGAUUUCUGUCUGUAUGUGUUCAAGUGUUUGAGCAAGUUAUGUAUAGCUACAUGUACUACACUGAACAACUGCAUAUCUUCAAAGAGUCAGAUUCAAAUGUUUGAACAAGAACUGCACAUCCGCCGAGGGACUUGUUGCUGCACAGACAACCAUCCAGGAAAACAUCCAGUUAACAAAUAGCAUUUCAGAGGAAGACAUUUUGAAGAAAGAAUUCUUGUGAAAUAGGAAUUGAUGAACAUCAAAGUGAUAUAGUUGUGAGACAUCAUGUUGUUCUUGAGGAAUGAACUCAGUGCUCCCAUCCCUGGCAUUCCUCAUGCAGAUGCUGGGCCAAUAAAAACCAAUUGAAAUGGCUUAUCAAUUGAAGACAGUUUCAAAUAAACCCCAUUUUUGUCUGGCUGUGAUCAAGGUGCGAAAGCAAGACUAAAGGGUCGCUUUUUCUGGCAAUGGCAACAUCAAACUUUAACCAUCAGCACAACGUUGUCAUGGUCAUCGUUACCUAUUGAUAAAUCUGCUACUACAGUCUGACUCAUGUAGUCCUUGUGGAAUCCGUCUGCUGGGUAACACCGAACUUCGCUAAACUCCUUGCACGGACGUUGGAUCUCCCACUCCCUGUAUUAAGCUGCAAUGUUCAUUUUUUAAGCUGUUCUGAAAAGGACCAUGUACUGGGGCAUUCCAAGUUAUGGUUUGCACACUGCAUCACAUUGAAUGCUGUGGAUGCAGAGUUUACAAAAUUGCUGUGGAAAUUAAACUAAACUAAGCCAAACUAUGAAUGCCUAUUGAAUUGAAUUUAUUUUUUUCCUCAUUCUUUUUUUGUGAGGGAGUUGUGGGGGAGUCUUAAUACAAGUAUGGUGUAUUGAAGUUGUUUUUAAAUUUCUAUUUUUUUUCAACUUAUUUGAUCAAAAUUAAAUGGAAAGAUUUAUUCUCAUAUAAAUGAAUAAAAAUGAGAAUAGGAUAUUGUUUUAUGAUGGGUGCAA